AUGGCCGAAGUCAUAGGCCUCGCAGCUAGCAUCAUCCAGAUCGCGGGGGCUGGUGCCAAGCUCAGCGUCGCGUUGUACAACUUCACGAACUCAGCCGCGCGGGCAGACCAAGACGUCAAAGACAUUGCCGAUGAUGUGAAGCUCACAUCGAACGCGCUCGAGAGCGUAGGAAGAGUGUUUGAGUCUGAGGAGGCCGGAUCCAUCGUGUCGAAGAAGGCUAUCCAGGACGCUAACAACAUCAUCAAAAAGUGCCAAAGCGUCUUCGACGAAGUAUCAGAGAUAGUAGAGAAGAGGAGAAAGACUGCAAAGGAUGGAAAGAAAAGCUUGAGCGUGAUGGGGAAGCUGGCCUGGCCGAUGAAGGAACAGCGGGUCGAAUUGAACCAAAGGAGACUUGAGAGUUUGAAGAACAGCCUUGUGCUUUUGUUGCAUGUCUUGCAAUUAGCCCAAGGUCAGGCGCGAGGAAAAAUGGAAAAAGGUGUCUUGGAUGAAGAGCGUGAGAAGAUCCGCGAACUGCACCAGCGACAGCAGGACUCACUCAAAAGCCUGCAAGCUCUCGAAAACAGAUUCUGUCAUAUCGCAAUCAAUGACGAAGAAACCCUUCGAGGAUCAAGCGUCGCCUCUCGUGUUCCAACUUUGGAGCUUAUGACCAGCGCUCCCGUUGUGGAGCUCCCUCCGCUAGAGAAGCCCUCAAAGCCACAGAAAGACUUCAUUACCAUUGACCUUUCAACCGCAGAUGAUUCAGACACUUCUGAUAGCGACGCUACGAUGUCAGGCGAUGACAAUGAAGAGCAGAUCUCGACCGAAGAACUAGCAAAAGCAGCGGACCACGUGAAGAAACUUCUGAAGCGCAUCACAAUGCUACAGAAGAGCUUUGGUGUCGACAAGAAGAAAUAUCGAAAGCGACACGUGCACAAGAUGUAUCAACGCUUCUGCAGAAAGUUCGAAUCAGGUAUCAAACCUUCGAUGAAAGAGGCAGAUUUCGGAGAAUUUCGAGCUGGCGAUUCUUUCGAUUUGAACGACAGCAGGGGUACUUUGGAGUGCUUCGACUUUGACAGCUUUCUGACCGUUCCACGGGAGAAUACGCCUUUCCCAUUUCUUGAUUUCAAUUUCCCCGGAGGGCAGCACCCAGAGCCUCAGCAAGCACACAAUGCCGAGGCGGUGCCAUCGAUGCAGAGCUCUCAGCACCCGCCUCUUACAUACCAUGAUUUCAUCGAACCAGUCCCGUCAUCCUCUGCGCAAACGUCCCCUUGUCCUCCAGUGCCGCUUGUUAGUGCAGCCUCAGAUUUCCCAUUUGAUCUGUCUGGUCAGCAAAAAGGACCUAUCCACGAUCAAGGACGGUCAGAACUGGUUCGGCAGUCUCCUGAAGCUUCGGCACAAAUGCUCAAGCGCAGCAAGUACAAGCUCAGUCGCAGGCUGCAAUGCAGCCAACGCCAGUAA